AUGGUAGGUGGAAAGGAUGCGGCAAAACGUGCUGGCAAUGCAAAGCGGAGCGAUGACAAGAAGAAUGGGAAGGGGGAAUCCGGAAAUAAGAUUGGGCCUGCAGCGCAUGCGACAGUCGCGACGCAUUUCGACAGCAAAACGGAACACAAGACAGCGAAAGCCGUACAUGCGAAGCCGCAUCCACAGAAGAAGGGCCCUGAAAAGCCGGGGAAGAGUAAAAAUAAAAAUAAGGACGCAGGGAAAAGUGCGGAGAAAUUGAACGAGUCGCCGCCAUUACCGCCGCCCUCACCCCGGAGUAACGGCGUCGUGGAGGAGGCGGCGGUGGCCCCUGCAAAUGUCACCAACUCACCAAUCGUGGAGGACUUGGAGCGGAACGACGAUAACGCGGGGGUGUCGUCCUCCAGCAUGCAAAUUUCACUGGGAGUGCAAUCCGUGCCACCAGUAAAAAGAGAGAAGCGCAGCGGUAGUGACAGUACCCUGUGCAAGGACGGGAUGGCAGGUUUGUUUAGAGCGGACCAACGUGCUGGUGAAAGUUUGAUGGACAAUAGCGAUGGUGGUGCGAGUCGGCCGAAGGAGGCACCGACGUCAAAUUGGACUGCGGGCAGCACGGAGGACCGCGACAGUUGGGUGAACGCCGUGGGCGGAGUAACGGCCAAAAAUAAAUCCCGCAAGGAGACGGCGUGGAGCGAGGACGACGACGAUGAUGAGGAUGCAGAGGAAGAAGAUGACGAGGACGAUGAGGAAGAUGACGAAGAAGAAGAUGAGGAUGGCGAAGAGGAAGAUGAGGAUGGCGACAAUGACGACGACGACGAGGAGGAGGAGGAGGAGGACGAGGAAGAUGAAGAAGAUGGCUGCAAUGAAAUCGUCAACAAGGAGGAGGGAUGGAAACAGGAGCAAAUUACAGUGAAAAUAUCUCGCGAGGGCGAUCGAAAUGUGAAAGUUCUUUAUGUCACGCGGCGCACGAAAUUUAGAGCCUUCGCGAAGGAUAUCAUGCGGCGCUUUGCGUACAACCGUCUUUGUGACUUUGACAUGUAUUGCAUCGACGCCGCUGGGGACCAUGUCGACAUUGACGUUUC